ACUUCUUCUUCUUCUUGUGAACACUACUGUGUGGCUGCUGCAUAAUAAUAUAAUACCUCUCAAUUCCCGAUUGGUCGUGCCUCGAUACGGAUUUUCUCCGCUUCUAUAUAGUAUAGUCGUGCAAAUUGGUGCCACCAAAUCCAAUUCGUCGAGCGGAAAAUCGCGGAAAAUUAAAGGCCGCUAGUUGAGAGGCGUUUUCCGAUGGCCAGUUCCUAGAAAGUCGCCGCACUCCUCGGGAGGCUUUUUCUGCAGUCCCAGAAAAUAGUAAUCCCCAUUGAAGGAAUUCAUCAGUUCAAAGUGCGGUCUUGGAAGCCGAUCUCUCGAGCCACCGCAUCCCGUUGAGCAGGCAAGGAAGCAGCCAAGAGUUUCCCCGACCCGACAACGAGGAUCAGCCGCUGACGCAGCCGGAGCAGGAGCAGCGUAUCUGCUGCCCACUCUGGAGAGGAAACCGCAACCGAAUCACCGGGAGGAGUAGCAGCCACAACCGAGGAGCAUGUCCAGCAAGGAGGAGACGCCAUCGACCGCGGGAGCAGCUGCCCCUGUGGUUGCCGCCGCCGCUUCCACCACUUCGUACGCCAAUGUUGUGCAGAACCUGGAGACCAAGAAGACCGGCAGCACCAGCAGCAACGCCACCGUGGACAACAAAGAGAACCAGCCGAACCUGAAGAGCUUCAAGUCGUGGAGCGAGGAGACCGCCGCCGCCGAGGCAGCCGCCGUGGAAACCCCGCUGGCCAGCAGUGUUAGCCUGGCCCAGACGGGGGAGAAGCGUGCCGCCGCCUCCGGGGGAGACAACACCGCCGAGAACUCAUCGGAACUGGACGACAACAACGACUUUGUGCCCGUGCUCUCCCACCAUCGACGCGAUCGCAAAAAGGCGCGCAAGGAGAAGCCGCGCGAUCAGCAGCCGACCGGAGGCCGUGGCGAUGGUCAGAAACCCCAGCAGGCUGGCAGACGGGCUCCCGGAUCCUCAGACCCCGAUCGCAAGCAGUCCGUGAGGCCACGAGCUCCGCGCGGCGGCAGUCCCCGCAAAUCCGUAGCUGGAGCUGCUGGAGGAGCCAAUCCUGGAGUUCCUGCCGCUUCCGGAGGACCGAAAGUACACAAGGAGCGAAAGGACACCUCGCCGAGUGCCAGCAUCGAGGGAGCAGGCAGCAGCGGCAACGAGGCCAAGUCCGGCGACGGAGACCAGCAGGCGGGAGGGGAGAAGGGUUCGGCUGGAGCAGCUCCGCCACCCAAGCGAUUCAUUGCCGCACCACCGCCCAAGGUCAACGCGUGGAAGAUAUCGGCUAAACAAUCCGGCAGCCCAAAGGCAGGAACUUCUCCAUUGGACAAACGUGUUUUGCAGCCAAAGGCACAGCAACAACAGCAAAACAAGCAGACUGCCAGCCACAACAACAACAACAACGCACAGAACACCGCCAGCAACAAAAAGACACAACAGCAACCUCAACAGGGAGCUGCAGCAGCAACAACAACACAGACAACAACAGCAACGUCAUCUAGCACAGCAGCAGCUACAACAACAACAGCGGCACCAGCAACAACAUCGGCAGCAGCAACAACCACUGAAGCAGCAACAACAACAACAACUGUUGAUGCCAGUCAGGCAGAUGCGAUUGCCAAAGUCGUGGUAAAGGACAAAAAGAAGGUCAACCAAAAGGCCAGCGACUUCAGCAACGUUGGUGACUGGCCGACGCUAAUUGGCGGAAUUUCUGGCAGUGGCAAAGCCACCAGCAACGAACCCAAGCGCAACCCAACGAAAAAACAGCAGCCAGCCAAAUCAGCAGCCGCAGUAGCAGCCGCCAGCAGCAGCAGCAAUACCACUCCAAGUGAAGUUGCCACAGAGGCUAACGCAGUUGCAUCCACAAGCAGCACCAACAGCAGCGCCAAUCCCAGCGGCAGCAACACCAAUCCGAGCAACAGAGAAGCCACAACUGCACCUGCUGCCAGCACGAGUCAUGAUGCCAAAGCCCAGCGAGACGCUGAGCCAGCGGCCCAUUCUGCUGCAGGAGCUGCUGGCCCCUCUGCCGGGCCUGCCCUCACCAAGAAGCUACCCAAGCACAAGUGGCGUCCGCUGCCCAUCGAUCUGGCUAAGUCCAGUCGCCCCAAGCCGAUCGGCGGCCGGCCAAAUCGGCGGCUCAGCGACGACGGCUCCGGCGAGCACCGCCGUCCGCCGCGCGUCUACCACGACCGCCAGCCGGGAGCUGGAGGCGAGUCGCGGCAUCCACGGCAUCCGUACGGCCAGCGCCCAGCGACUGCUGCGUCCGAGCGCGUGGAUUCCUGGCGUAGCAGCGGCAGCACCGCAGCGGCCCUCGAUGAGCAGCGCUCUGGGGCUGGAGCAGCGGGUGGUGCCGGGGCAGCAGCAGCGGGAGCUGGAUCAGCAGCGCGCGGGUCGCGUCGCUUCCGGACGCCGUACCGCGGCGGGCGGCAAGGCCGGGGCGGAUACUCCCGACAGGGACCAGGUCGCCCGACUCAUCGCAUACCACGCCAUCUGCUAGCUUCGGGCGACUAUGCCAGUUAUCUGCCGGCGGACGCCGCUGGCGCCGACUCCUCGCAGUCGUCGUACGUGCUCCUGGGCACCCACUACUUCGGCAACGUGCCCGCCGCCUACAUCGAAAUGGACGCGACCAGCGUCAAGGAGGCGAUCAAGAAGCAAGUUGAAUAUUAUUUCAGCGCCGAGAAUCUUACCGGCGACUUCUUUUUGCGCCGCAAAAUGGACCCCGAGGGCUACAUCCCAGUCACCCUGAUCGCUUCGUUCCAUCGCGUUCUCGCCCUGACCACCGACGUGGCCCUGAUAGUGAACGCGAUCAAGGAAUCGGAUAAGCUGGAGCUCUUCGAGGGCUACAAGGUGCGCACCAAGACGACACCGACCACUUGGCCCAUCACCGACGUGCCGGGCGAGGAGGGCGAGCUCAAGGCCGUCCAGCUGGAGCCGGAGCAGUCGGAGAAGGAGAAGGAGAAGCAGGAUCCCAAGGACAAGGAGGCCGUGGAGGUGCAGCAGACUGAGGCCGGUUCGCCGCCGCCCAUCCUCACAUCGGCGAUGGCCACGAAGCCGUUGAGCAGCAUUCCGCCGCCGCCGGUGCCGCGCAACUCGCAGAGCCUGGUGCCCAAGAUGCUGCAGGACAAGCAGCACCAGCAGCAGCAGUCGCGGGCCUCGACCAUCGCGGCCCUCAACUCGGUGAACGCGAUCAGUGCCCUGACCCACCAGGUGGAGGGCGGAGCGGCCGAGCUGGCUGGACACUUGAGUGGACUGGCGGAGAGCGUGAAGCCCAAGUCGACGUCCACUCCGGACAAGAGGGCCGCUGGCAAGGGAGCUGGGGCAGCAGCUGCUUUGGUGGCGGAGCCGGAGGGCAUGUGGAAAGAGGUAAAGAGACGCUCCAAAACAAACGCUAUCAAAGAAAACGCUACUACACCACCACAACAACAACAACAGCCACCGCUUUCACAAACGCUCAACAACAACAAUAACGAAAUUGUCAAAUCGAACAACAACACCUCGUCCGUGUCCACGUCCAAGUCCACGUCCUCGUCCAACAACGCCCCAUCCAACGCCUCAUCAUCAGCCACUGUGUGUGUAACCACGAACAAAGCUUCCUCAGCCACCAAAGCAAGCACCAAAACCACCACCACCACCAACUCCACCGCCACGAACAGCAACAACAACAUUAAGUCUGGCAAUGCUGCUUACUCCAAAACCCACUCCAAAUCCUCAUCCAAAACAGCUGCUCCGCCAUCCGCUCAGUGCCAUGCCGAAAAGGAAGAACUAGACUUCCAGUUUGACGAGGAGCUGAUGGACCCCCUACCCCCCGGAACCGGACGCAUCAACAACUUCACCGAGAACUUCUCCGACGACGACGAGUCCGACUACGAGUUUGCCGACCGCGACAUCAACAAGCUGCUGAUCGUGGCCCAAGUGGGCCGGGCGCCCAAGCACGAGGGCUACGACCGCACCGCCGACUUCACAUCGCGCACCAAGAUCACCCAGGACCUGGAGAACAUCAUCAACGACGGGCUGGUCAACUACGAGGAGGACCUGUGGACCACCACCAACGUGGUCGCCGACUACAAGACUGUCAACGUGAUUUCCCAGGCGGACUUCGAGAAGCUGGCCGGCGGGCGCAACAAGACGGUGGUGCAGCAGGUGGCUCCACCGCCGCCGCCGUUCGAGGAGCAGGAUCUCGACGAGACCCUGGUGGGCGACACCACGCUCAACUCCACGCUGAACAACACCCUGAAGUCGCGCCGCGCCCGCUUCUACGCCGCCCCGAACUCGCACUCGAUUGAUCCCCGCACGCCCAGGAAGCGCAAGCUGCGCCACACCGCCAAUCCGCCCGUGGAGGCCCACGUCGGCUGGUUGCUCGACACCGUGGAGCACCGGCCACGCACCACCUCGAUGGGCUCCUCGGCGGGCACCUCGCCCACCGCCUCCUCGUACGGAUCGUUCGGCUCCUCGGUGCCGCAGUCGCUGCCGGUGUUCCAGCACCCGUCGCACGCGCUGCUCAAGGAGAACAACUUCACGCAGCAGGCCUACCACAAGUACCACUCGCGCUGCCUCAAGGAGCGCCGGCGCCUGGGCUUCGGCCAGUCGCAGGAGAUGAACACCCUGUACCGCUUCUGGUCGUUCUUCCUGCGCGAGAACUUCAACAAGAGCAUGUACAACGAGUUUCGCACCCUGGCGCUGGAGGAUGCCGGCAACGGGUUCCGCUACGGCCUCGAGUGCCUCUUCCGCUUCUUCUCGUACGGCCUUGAGAAAAAGUUCCGGCCGAAUGUGUACCAGGAUUUCCAGGACGAGACGGUUGCCGACUACGAGACAGGUCAACUGUACGGCCUCGAGAAGUUCUGGGCCUUCCUGAAGUACUACAAGAACGGCGAGAAGCUGGAGGUGCAGCCCAAGCUGGCCGAGUACCUGAAGAACUUCAAGAACAUUGAGGACUUCCGCGUGGUCGAGCCGGAGAUCAACGAGAUGCUGCAGGGCGUGGGCAGCCUGAAUCCCGGGCGCCAGCUCAACCGCCACCGCAGCGUGUCCGAGAGCGAUGGCACGGCCGUUAUCACGGCCGGCGGUCGUCGUCUCAACACGACCAUUACCAACCGCAGCGACUACGUGGGCAGGUUGCUGCAACAGCAGCAGCAGCAGCAACAACAGCAGCAGCAGCAACACCACCAGCAUCAGCAGGGCUACGGCGGUGGAUACAAUCAGAACCGCAGACGCACCGGCUCCUUCGGCAGCAGCACGGUGCGCAUUCGCAGCGGAUCCCUGGGCAACAAGCCGCAGGUGGCCAACCGCAACCAGGGGUCGCAGCACGAGCUGCGACGCGGCGGCAGCAAUUCGGGCCUGGCGCCACACAAGCAGCGGCAGCAGCAACAACAGAAGCCGAAGCCAGCGGCAGGAUCACAGACAAACUCGGCACGAGCCAGCACAUCGGCGGCAGCAGCAGCGGCAAGUGCCACAACACCAGCUGCCACAGCAGCGCCGGCGGUAACGGUAGCGGGCUCGUCCUCGUCGCAGAAGUAGUUCACACGACAUGCAGACACUUUUUGAACUAGGCUUAAGUUAUUAUCUACGACUUAGUUUCAUGGGGGCACUCGCAUCCGACUGCUCCCGCACUCUUUUGUUUAUUCAUCCUUAUUAUUCUUUUGUAGUAUUCGAGUCAAACGUAAAGUGGGAAAAGUCGUUAGCGUUUAGCAUAAUUAAGUGAAAUUUUUUGAAAUUUGUUUAUUGCAAUUUGCCAAGCGCGCGCGUUGGUUUAGUAGUUACGAUUCUAAUUGUUUGUUUCUCGCACACCCUCGACGAAAAACUGAAAAUGGUUGCUUACGAAAUGCUCAAGCCCACACCACAAACCCACACCAUAAACCCACACACACACACGCCAAUUAGACACAGCGGGGUCUGUCUGCUUCGUACCAGUGCCAACCAGCCAUGAUCUUUGAAAAUAACGAAACGAUUGCCCUUAUACAUUUUUGUUCUGUUGAUUAUUCUCCCUAUUUUUUAGUGCGAAACAAAAAUCAAGGCAAAUUUUCCUACUUAGAGCAGCGUUGAUAGUUGACGUUUUGCCAUGAACUGUUGUACUAUACGAUUAAAAAUAAUAACCAUAACCAUAACGAUAACGAUAUAACCUAUGCAAAUAUUACCUAACGAAAACUGAAAACAAAUCAAACGAAAUUGAUACACGACAAACAAAAACCAAAUGAUCUUAAUGCAAAUAAAUUUUGUAAAUUACAAAGGUAUAUAUAUAAAUGCAUAUAUAUACAUAAAGGUACUUGAAGCCAGAAUACGCGUAUAUAUGAAUAUGAUUACUAACUAUUAUUAUUAUUUUUGUGUGUGACCUAAGCGCAAACGUAAGCUGUAAUUGUUUAAGAGGCAGCGAGAACUUGUAAUCCUUAAACCCAAUUGAGGCAAGCGGGGCUCAAGUGCCAGCGAAUUUUAGUUAUUUAAGCAUUUACCACAAGCCAGUCCAGCACAAUCGCUAUCGCCAGCGGAGUAGGAAUAGGAAUCCGACCCGGAAUCGGGUCCUCAGCUUCCCCGUCGCACUGCACUGCCCCCAGAUAAAAUCGAUCCGAUCAGUCGAAUUGGUUCAUCCCCGAUAACCUCAAAACUUCGUACCCCGCCAAGCAUUUAGAAUCAUGUCAAAAACCAUUUAUUUUUAACCUUUAGUUUUCGCACUUGUUACUUUUUAAUUCGACAAAACUACGACUAUAAAGAAAAGCUAGAGAAAAAUACAAAAAAAAUUUUAAAAUCACACAAAAAUUGUCAAGUCCAAAAAAAGUUUAAAACUUUAUAAAAAACGAAAAGGCAAAUAUCAUGCAAACGAAAAAAAAAGCAUUAAGAGAUAAUGAAGUUUGUUUCGCAUAGUGAAUAGAUCUAAAUUUAAAACGUAUGUGAGAAAUCAAAUCUAAGCUUAAUACGGAUAAUAACUAUAUAUAUCUGCAUAUAUCCAAACACACAUAUAGAGAGACUUUAAAGCGUGACUGCAAUUUGAACUAAAACUAAAAAAGAGGCAUAAGGUGAAGUUGUCCGAUGCCGCCUGAUGUCGAGCAGUUUGCAAAACUCUCUCAAGGUCCUUCAGCUCCUCGAUUAUGCUUAGCUCAUCUAGACUAGCAAGCAUACACAACACACACCACACAAAACGAAAAGUGCAAAGAGAACGAUUCAUUAAAUAUUAUUUUGUAAUCAUUAGAUAUCUGUAAAUAUAUUUCCCCGCUUCUUUUUAAA